UCGUCUUCGUCCUCGUCCUGCUCCGGCGGCGCCGCCCCGCCCACGGCGCCCAAGCGGGCCGGAGCCCCAGCAAGAUGGCGCAGGCGAUCUUCGAGGCCCUGGAAGGGAUGGACAACCAGACUGUCCUGGCCGUCCAGUCACUCUUGGAUGGUCAGGGGCCGGUCCCUGACCCCACCGGCCCGAGUGUCAACGCACCAACCGCCAUCCAGUCUUUAGAUGAUGAAGACGUCUUCCUCUGCGGGAAGUGUAAGAAGCAGUUCAACUCGCUGCCUGCCUUCAUGACGCACAAGCGGGAACAGUGUCAGGGGGCCGCACCCUCACUGGCCACGGUUUCUCUGGCCACCAACAGCAUCUACACGCCGGCGGCCGCGGCGGUACCGCAGGCCCCGGCCGCCAACCGCCAGCAGAUCUCCACGUAUAUCACGGUGCCGCCGUCCCCUCUCAUCCAGACCUUGGUUCAGGGGAACAUCCUGGUAAGCGACGAGGUGCUCAUGUCGGCCAUGUCCGCCUUCACCUCUCUGGACCAGCCGAUGGCUCCGGUGCAGCCGCCCGUGCCGAACGGCUUGAAUAUGCACUCGGGGACCAGCUACCUCCCCCCACAGCCUCCUCCUCCUCCUCCUCCUCCGCCGCCUCCCCCGCUCCCGCCGCAGCCCCCGCCGCCGCCCCCGCAGGCCCUAGGAGCCCCGGGGGCCCCCAACUCUGGCGGCGGAGGGGUGGUGGAAGUGUACAGCGCAGCCGGCAGCACCGUGGAGAUCCAGGCGCUGGGGAUGACCCCCUACCCACCAAUUGAGGUGCCGGGCCAGUGCGUGGAGACCCCCGUGUAUCCCAGCCCCCCGGGGUACGGUCCCGGGAAACAGGGCUUCAAGCCCAAGGGCCCGAGCCCGGCCGUCCCCUUGGCCCCCUCCAACGCGGGCGGCCUGGCAGUCUUCGACGCCGCCUCGACCGUGAAGCCCCGGCGCCCCAAAGUUGACAACGAGCUGCAGGAAGGGAAGCCCAAGUCUCAGAAGCUCAAGUGUACCUACUGCAGCAAGACGUUCACCAAGAACUUUGACCUGCAGCAGCACAUCCGAAGCCACACCGGCGAGAAGCCCUUCCAGUGCAUCGUCUGCGGCCGGGCCUUCGCGCAGAAGUCCAAUGUGAAGAAACACAUGCAGACCCACAAGGUGUGGCCGCCGGGCCACGGCUGCACCAUCUCCCGCAACUCGGUGACGGUGCAGGUCAUGGCCCUGGACCCCAGCCGGCAGGAGGGCGAAGAGAGCACAGGGCUCAGCCAGGCCCCCCGGAGCGCCCCCCAGCCCCAGGUCCAGGCUCCGGCCACGGAGGGGGAGGCGGGCAGGUUGGAAGCCAAGCAAGUGGUGCUCAUCGACAGCUCCUAUCAGUGCCAGUUCUGCCCCAGCAAAUUCAGCACUUACUUCCAGCUCAAGUCCCACAUGACACAGCACAAGAACGAGCAGGUGUACAAGUGCGUCGUGAAGAGCUGUGCCCAGACGUUCCAGAAACUGGACCCGUUCCUGGAGCACAUCAAGAGCCACCAGGAGGAGCUGAGCUACCGUUGCCAUUUGUGCAGCAAGGACUUCCCCUGCCUCUAUGAGCUGGGCAUGCACCAGUAUUCCCACAGCCUCCUGCCCCAGCACAGCCUCAAGAAGGACGUAGCUGCCUACAAGUGCGUCAAAUGUGUCAACAGAUACUCCACUCCCGAAGCCCUGGAGCACCACCUGCAGACAGCCACACACAACUUUCCCUGCCCUCACUGCCAGAAGGUGUUCCCCUGCGAACGCUACCUGCGGCGCCAUCUCCCCACGCACGGCAGCGGGGGCAAGUUCAAGUGUCAGAUCUGCAAGAAGUUCUUCCGCAGAGAGCACUACCUCAAGCUACACGCGCACAUCCACUCCGGCGAGAAACCCUUUCAGUGCUCUGUGUGCGACUCCGCCUUCAACCGCAAGGACAAGCUGAAACGGCACAUGCUCAUCCACGAGCCCUUCAAGAAGUACAAAUGCCCUUUCUCGACCCACACUGGCUGCAAUAAGGAGUUCAACCGACCGGACAAAUUGAAGGCCCACAUCCUCUCCCAUUCGGGGAUGAAGAUCCACAAGUGCCAGUUCUGCAGCAAGGCCUUCAGCCGCCGCGCCCACAUGCUGGAGCACCAGCGGUCUCACACCGGCAAUUACAAGCACCGCUGCCCCGGCUGCGGAAAGGGCUUCACCCGCCAAAAGUACCUGAAGGAGCACCGCUGCCGCCUCGGCGCCCCGAGGGACAAGGAACUGCCGGCCCGCCGGCCCCAGAAGAAGCGUCCCGCCCGGGGCCGCAAAGGGGCCCUGCCCCUGCCCCUUCCCCUGGCCGACCCGCUGGGGUUGGCGGGGCUCAAGUGCGGCUCGGAGGGGGGCCCGCCGGGCGGGCCGGGCAAGGAGCCGUCGGCGGAGUCCGACGCCGUGCUGUCCAUCGUGGUGGGGGGCGCGGCCGGUGGCGAGUCGGAGCUGGUGGCGCCCGGGCACUCGGACGACCUCGGCCCGAACCUGGCCCUGGCCGAGCUGCAGGCCGGGGCCGAGGGGCCCUGCGCCAUGCUGGCCGUGCCCGUCUACAUCCAGACGUCCGAGUGACCGUCGGGGCCCGCGGGCCAGCGUGGGCGUCAGUUGGCGGGGGCGGCGGGGCGGGAGCGGGGGGUCCACCCUCUGGCGGAGCAGAGCCCGGGCCUUCCCGCCCCGCCCCAGGGGCUCUGGGCCGGGUAGCAGUGAGCCCCCUCCGCUGUGAGCUGCGGGGCUGGGGAAGCGGCGACCUCCUUAAGUUCCAAGCGAGGAGAAUGGGGGAGCAAUGAGCUCCCUAUGCUGCGAGCCGGGGGGGGGACGGGGGAGCGGUGAGCCCCUCACUCCGUGAGCGGAAGAGGGAGGGCUCCCUAAGGGCACAGCGCCCACCGCGGAUGCUCCCCCCGGUGCCAGGAGCGGGGAGGCUGCGGUCGGACUCGGGGUUCUAACCAGGCAAGGGUCACCUGUCGUUCGGGUGCCGGCCUGGGAGGCGGGCCGUGAUCCUUCCUCCUGGAAGCGCACGGGGAGCAGGAAAAUCCUUUCGGAUUGCGCCAGUGAAAUGCCAGGCCCUGGUGCCCACUGCCCCACAUUCUCUCCAGGCCCGGGACCCUCUAGCCCGGCACCUGCCUUCACUGGGCUCAGGAAGGGCUCGGCUGCCCAGCAGGCCCAGCAGCAGCGGGCAGGUCUCCCUCCCGGCCAGAUGUAAGGUCGUGGCCGACGGCCGUCGCUUCCGUCAGAGAGCCAGCCGGGGAUGACCGGUGCGGGCAGGCAAGUGCCGCCCUGCUCUUGUCAUUUCCCGGUCCCCGAAUGGAGGGAGGGGAGUGGAGAGCUGAGGUAGGGAGAGGUUCCCCAGGGCAGGGGGCAGGUAGGAUCGAAGGCCCGGGUGGAGGCCUGGCCUACCUCUGCCGGAGCCGAGCGUGGAGACCGUACUUGUCCCGGCGUUUGCGGUGGGAGCCGAGGAGGGAGCUGCAAAGUCGUCACUGGACGGUGACCGGUCCUGGUGGGGCGAGGCCGGGUUCGCUGGAGGUCACAGGGUGGGCCGGGGGCUGUCCUCGCUGACAGGGAGAUAGCUGGCAAACUGUAAGGACGUGGGCAGAGCACUUACUGCAUGCAAAGCGAUGAGCUAGCCCCAGCCUACUGUGUGCACGCCGCCAAACUGGGUGCCUAAAGGGCACGGGGCGCCAUUCUGGGAGCCUGUUGUGUGCAAAACACUGAAUUGGGUUCCUGCUGCUGGCUGAGGACUGCCCUGGCACACGGGACUUUACGGCGGGCGCUCAGGGGGCCGCACUGAGCUCGUGGUGGAUGAUAGGGGCCGCGCAGUCAGGUGGAGAGCAUGUUCCCUCUGCAGGGAGGUCAGUAGCAUCGCCCCUCUUUGUUCAUCCAGCUCCUACUACCCAGGAUCUAGCUCAGCGCUCAGCACUGAGUCCAAGCAGUAUCGUCAGACCAGACAGCCCCCGACCCACGUGGGGUUCACUGCCUGGGAGGGGUAGGGAAGGCGGGUGUCAUCCCCAUUUUCACAGGUGGGGAGACGGAGGCCCAGAGAGGUUCAGUGACUUGCUCAGGUUACACAGUGGCCUGGCUGGGACUAGAACUCGGAUCUCCCGGCUGCCAACCGUGGGCUCUCUGCGGCCUCCGUUCUGGAAAGGGAGCUGAGCCUGCCCCUCCCAACCAAACUCGAUCCCUAGGCAGAGUCUGUCAAUCCGUUGAUUUGUGAUAUUGGGCACCUACUGAGGGCAGGGGGUUGUACGGCCCAUUUUUGAAUAUCCCACCUUUUGGAGUCCUUAUUUUCAGCUGAGUGAGGGCUGAAGUGUCUGAGCUGCCUGGGCCUGACUCCUGGGAUGCUGAUCCACUCAAGUGAAGCAGCCAGGACUACAACUCUGGGCAGCAUCCCGGUAUCCCUGGGCAGUGGGUCUGGGUUCACCCCUGUUUCAGACACCUUGGGUCUUCAGCCUGUGUAGGAGUCGGACCAACGUACCCUUCAGUAAGUGCUGGAGAUGAAGUGAGGAAUGCUUGGUUCAGUCGAUCGACGGCAUUUAUCCGGUGCCUAUUAGGUAUUGAACCAAGUGGGAAAGAAUAGCCGUAGCAAGACCCGCGUUCCCUGUCUCCAGAGGGUUUAUUUCUAAUGGGGGAAACAGAGUGAAGGCCCAAAGUAGGCCAGAAGCAGGCACCACCUCAGAACCCAAGUGACCGACAAAUAAUUGAAUGGAAAAGUAUAAUUGUCUCAGUAAAAAUAGUAUUGAUCCAGUGCCUCCUGAAUGCCAAGCACGGUACUAAGCCCUGGGAAACGACAUACGGAUGAGAAUUUGACCCGGUCGUUGGUUCCCGAAGGAUUCUCGAGCCAAGGGUAAGGUUUGUGGAGGGAAGAUGGGCAGGGUUCAUUAUAAGUGGGAAGGCAAGUAGGGAUGUUCAGAAGAAAGCGAUGAGAGCUGGGGUGGGGGAAGCUUGGACAGUCUGAGUGGGCACCGGUGUCUCCAGAAUGCUUCCCUGCUCUCUGCCAGGGAAGGGUAACUGGAGAGGGAAACUUUUGGGGGGCCAAAACGGCACCUGGCUGCUCUCCUGUGUUCCCUGAUAAUAAUAUUUAUGGUAUUUUUUAA